CCAUUGGUUGGCCGCCUAUAGAAUAUAGUCUGCCGUGGAUCGUCGGACCGUUCAGUCUUUUUGUGUCGUUCAGUACCAUCCGAUUCGUGUGAUCGACAGCAUCGCUCAAUUUUUUUUCAUUUUUUUUCUAAUUCCUUGAAGUAACUACAAACACAAAUCAAAAUGGCUGAUGAUGAGGCUAAGAAGGCUAAACAGGCUGAGAUCGAGCGCAAGCGCGCUGAGGUGCGCAAGCGCAUGGAGGAAGCCUCCAAGGCCAAGAAGGCCAAGAAGGGUUUCAUGACCCCAGAAAGGAAGAAGAAACUCCGGUUGUUGCUGCGCAAGAAAGCCGCUGAGGAAUUGAAGAAAGAACAGGAACGCAAAGCGGCUGAACGUAGACGCAUCAUUGAAGAACGUUGCGGCAGCCCCAGAAAUCUUAGUGAUGCCAGUGAAGCCGAACUGCAAACAAUAUGCAAACAAUAUUGGCAACGCCUUUACAAUUUGGAGGGCGAUAAAUUUGAUUUAGAGCACGUGCAAAAACUCAAAGCACAAGAGAUCAACGAUCUCAAUGCCCAAGUUAACGAUCUUCGCGGCAAGUUCGUUAAGCCAGCUCUGAAGAAGGUCUCCAAAUACGAAAACAAAUUCGCCAAGCUGCAGAAGAAGGCCGCUGAAUUCAACUUCCGCAACCAACUUAAGGUGGUUAAAAAGAAGGAGUUCACAUUGGAGGAGGAAGAGAAGGAGAUAAAGAUAAAAGAUGCCUCUUCUCUAAAAACAGCCAAAAAGUAAGAAACCCGACUGGUCCAAGGGAAAGCCCGGUGAUGCCAAGGUGAAGGAGGAGGUUGAGGCCGAAGCUUAAGUGUCCACGUCCAGUAGUGCCCACUGAACCCGUGACUCCCGCCCUAAACAAAAUAAUAAUUCAAUAAAAAAUAUUCACAACAA